AUGUCGACCGAGACCGCCACGCCCAUUGGCAUUGCCAACCUCCCCAACCAGCGUCACAAGAUUGUCGCGAAGCGGGGUGCAGCCUUCACUAUUAUGGUUGCCGGAGAGUCAGGAUUGGGAAAGACGACCUUCAUCAACACCCUUUUCUCCACCACCAUUAAGAACUAUGCCGAUCACAAGCGCCGCCACCAGAAGCAGGUCGACCGAACUGUGGAGAUUGAGAUUACCAAGGCUGAGCUCGAGGAGAAGUUCUUCAAAGUCCGCCUUACCGUCAUUGAUACCCCUGGAUUCGGAGACUACGUGAACAACCGUGAUUCAUGGCAACCCAUUAUCGAGUUCUUGGAUGACCAGCACGAGUCGUACAUGCUCCAGGAGCAGCAGCCCCGCCGAACCGACAAGAUUGACAUGCGUGUUCACGCCUGUCUGUACUUCAUCCGCCCCACCGGACACACCCUGAAGCCUCUCGAUAUUGAGGUGAUGAAGCGCCUGAGCUCCCGUGUCAACCUGAUCCCUGUGGUUGCCAAGGCUGAUACCCUGAGCCACGCCGAUCUGGUUCGCUACAAGGAUAGAAUCCGCGCUGUGAUCGAAGCCCAGGGCAUCAAGAUUUACUCCCCACCCGUGGAGGAGGACGAUGAGCACGCCGCUUCCCACGCCCGCAGCCUCAUGGCUGCCAUGCCUUUCGCCGUCAUCGGUUCCGAGAAGGACGUCAAGGCCAACGAUGGUCGUGUUGUCAAGGGUCGUCAGUACGCUUGGGGUGUCGCCGAGGUGGAAAACGAGGACCACUGCGACUUCAAGAAGCUCCGCUCAAUCCUGAUCCGCACCCACAUGCUCGACCUUAUUCACACCACGGAGGAAUCGCACUACGAGGCCUACCGUGCCCAGCAGAUGGAGACCCGCAAGUUUGGCGAGGCCCGACCACGCAAACUGGACAACCCCAAGUUCAAGGAGGAAGAGGAGACUCUGCGCAAGCGCUUCACCGAGCAGGUCAAGGUCGAGGAGCAGCGUUUCCGCCAGUGGGAGCAGAAGCUCAUCUCAGAGCGCGAUCGACUCAACAAGGAUCUCGAGGCCACUCAUGCAGCUAUCAAAUCCCUCGAGCAGGAGAUCGAGGGUUUGCAGGGUUCCGGCACCCGCAGCCACGGACGUCGUUAA